UUGAAAGAUUAUAGCUACCAUCUUAUGGAGACAUAAUGUGUGGUGCAUUUACGGUCUUAUAAAGCUCUAUUCUUACAUAAAGAAUUCUUGAUUCGCACGGAAGUGUUUUAGCCGUGAUCAUUUUAAGUCAUGCUUAUGCCAAGAUCUGGAGACUGGAUCGAGAGAUUAGAAAUUACAUCUUCAGCGGAAGUUUCCAUAUUGAUUCAAAUCUGAAGCAAGAGAGGCAUGUUUUCUGUCAGAAAUACAAAAAUCAAUCAAUGACAUAAUUUCGUUCAAGUCGUGACCGUAAAUCCCAAAGAAUUAAUAAUAUUUACCGACGGUUUCUUUUAAAAGAAGGAUGAAUCCAUCCUUUUGUAAAAACAAAGUAAAAAUUGCAUUAUGGGUGGUAUUUUUCACUUGUUUAACGUUGAGAUUUUGGAAGACAUCAUCUCUGUAUACUUUAUUUGAUUAUUCUUCAAAAAAUGUGACAAUGUUGCCCACUGUCGGAUUUCUCACAGCCAACUCAACUAGGAUAAACUGUCGGGGCGUCCUUGACAUCAUCGUAUCAGGAACUUGGAAAAGUAGGCCAAUGACGUCAAAUCAGAAGGCAGAAAUGAUGAAAUUCCUUGAAAUAGCUAGAAAUAGACAUGCAUUGCCUCCAACUCUACAAAGAAAAGAUAAAAAAUGUGGAAAUGUCAAUUUUUUGAAAACGGGACGUCAUUUUCGUGCCCUUUGUGACCAGUAUGGAUCCACUCCAUGUUGUUAUAACAACACGUGCGUUGCUAAGGAGGUAGAAGAAUGUAGAUGUAAGAAUUGUUUUGAUACAAGACAAAGUCUUCAUGCUGAAUAUGCUGAUUGGCAGCCUUCUGAUAAAGGAUGCCAUCUUAGAAAAUAUAACAACAGGACAGCUUGUCAAUUAUUAGCGGGAAGAACUAUUCUCUUUAGUGGCGAUUCGUUAAUGAGACAUCUGUAUACAUCAUUGUUACUACUGCUACGUAACAAUACCUUUGAUGGCGCCAUGAAGAAGAACGUUACUAAAGAUAUUCACGACAAAUGCACUGGUAUGUUCAUGUUCACCGAAAAAAUAUGUCGUCUGCAGCUAGACAUUGCACCACGUGACCUUUGUGGCGGGCAAUUUGAACUCAUCUUUACCGAGUACUACCAUACUGGCCUUAGUAGAAAAUUUGUUGACAAAGUAAAGGAACUAAUGGCAAGAAAGAAAGUUCUAAUAAUAGCUGGAAUCGGCUUCCAUUCAGGAUUCAACCAUAGAGUCAUCAUGGAUCAAUACGUUGCACCCGCCCUUAAAGUCAUUCAAAAACAUAAUGGCACCCAGUUUCUUUUCGCUCCACCACACUGUCCGGGACUACUUAAAAAUUCAUGGAAUGGACAAUCGAAAGAAAUUAUCGAACAGUACGUUGUCAGGAUGAAAAAAGAAUUAAAGCCGCAUAAUGUACCAAUAUUCGAUACGUGUAACCUCACUAGCGGGAUGGAGAGUUUUGACGGAACUCAUUUUGGAUUGGGUAUUAAUAUGCUCAAAGUUCAACUAUUGUUGAAUUAUAUACAAGAACUACAAGUAAAUAAUAAAUGGUAAGGGAUGAAUGAAAGAGUGAACCCUAUUUAACAAUGUCUAAUAAAGUGUAUUUAACUUGUUUGUUGUGUAACGCCUUCUGACGCACGUUUAUUUUCAAUAAAUAGACUUACGAGGUAUUACCAUAUCACCCAUGAUAUAGCGCGGUUGUAAACUAACUAUUUAGUUGUUCUCAUGGACAAUAACCAUAAAUCUCACUGUCCGACUGCGAUCGCUGUAUGAGCUGACAUUAUUGCCAUUAUUGUUUUAUAUAUAUAUACCUUUUCUAAUUUUCACAUUAUGCCAUUUUUAGUUGUAUCUUGAUUAAUGUCCGAUUCGUCACAUUUGUUUGAAAUAAGGGAUUGCAACUUGAGUACAUCAGUUACGAUUGCCUUAUUGUGUGGUGUCGUAAGCCGUAUUAUGUUAUAUUUAUAGCACGGCUUUCACGAGUCAACAGCUUUAAACAUCGAGACCGUAGGUCGAGAUGUUAAACCUGUUAACGAAUGAAGCGUGUUAUAAAUGACUUGUAACAUUGACACAUGCUCAACAUGCUUGUUGUUAUUGCACAGAAAACCCACCCCACUUCUCUAUAUGAUUUCUACUUAAACUAAGUGUAAACCAGCAAAAGAGUGCAAUAACAUUGAACAUGUCUAGUUAUUGAACGGUUAAGCUCCACCCAAUCUACUAGAGGGAAAACAAUCUGCUUAUUCAACGAAAAGUGCAAAGGAAGAUUUCCCGUCCAUGUUACAAAUGGGAUUCUUCAUGCUGUUAUACUUGGGUUAACCAAUUAUGUAAUUAUAGGAAGAAAGGAAGUUGAGAAUAUCAACAAUCAGUGCUGCUGGAACGGGAUCAAGCUGGUUAGUGCUAAAUGAUAAGACCAGCUAAAUUUUUCGUCACAGGUCACGAGAUGUAAACAGGGCAAGCGCUAAUCCCAAUCCAAACCCUAAUCCUGGACCUAGCCCACAUGCUUACCCUAACUUCCCGUCCAUGUUACAAAUGGGAUUAUACAAUAUGAUUAUUUUGCAUAACUUUAGUAUUCCUUUCAUACCUCUAGCUAUCUUUGUGGUUUUUGUUUUGUUUUGUUUUGUUGGGGUUUUUUUACCGUUUCUUUGUGUUUCUGUUUGUUCUACUGAAUGUUUUUUUUAUGAUUUUUGUUUUGAAGUUUUAAUGUGAUUCUAAGAUAUGAUGUUACACACUAAAUGUAAUGUGAACUAUGUACUAUGUCGGGUUUUUUUUAUUGAUUAUUAAAUAAAGGCUUUAUGGGUGUCUAAUGCUAGAAAUGAUUCCACUAUUGGUGACUUCCAUCUUGCUCCAGCCACAGUAGUGGGUCGUUCUAAGGAUUUCUUUUGAGCAAGUUUUGUAAUCAAAAAUAAAAAGAAUACUUGCCUAUAACUCAAACUGACGCCAAACUAUACUGCACAUAGCUUAAUACUAAUAAACCAAUUCCCCUUGAAAUAAAGGUGAAACGAUACCACAUAAAUUCGUGAUUUAAUAAAAAUCCAACGGAUCCGCGAUAUUUCUGUCGUUUUUAAAAUGGCCGCAUAUGUCGGUCAAUUUGAUUGAAAGUUCGAUAUAUACGGCCUUGAUAUUAUGUUUAUUUGUGGUUAAAAUGAGAGUUUGGAUUUCGGUAUUAUACGCUCUUUUGUCACUUGCGUUUACAGAAAAAUUAUGGAAAUUGAUAAACAUCGCAGCUAACAUCACCCCAGUUGAAUUGCAGCCCAUGCAGCCCCAUUGGAUCAAUGUUUCCUAUUUCAAUUUGUCUGCUUCGGGAGUACACGCAGGCUAACAAGAUUGAAGAAGUCGGCUAUAAUUUGGUCCAUUCCAUUAAAACUUUCGCUUCUUAUCUAUAUAAUAAAAGUCCUAUUUUUAAUUUGUAGUAAAAAUAAAUGUGAUACGAAUUGAAAAUGUUACUUGAUAAUCGAGAUUAUGUUGGUGGAGUUAACGCCUGUCAAUCAAACGGCCUGCAUUCUUGUAGACGGUGAAGAGGGAUUUGACUCCUAUUUCUAGUCAAAAAUUACAAUGGUGAUAACUUUGUUCAGAAUAAAGUAAUUUGACUGAAAUUUUCAAUAUAUUCUUCUUUUAUCAUCUAUUUUUGAAUUGUUAUAGCAAGAAUGGCCAAUUCUCUAUUAAAAUCUCCCAUAAUGUAUCUUUAAUUAUUUCAGUGGCUCACUCACUCUUCACUAUUUCUAACACAAUUACUUAUUGUCAUGCAAACUGUGAUAUUGUAACAGUGCAUAUUGAUGAAAUAUGCACAAAUAGUGCUGAUACAUUGUGUGUAAUAAACAAGAUGAAAAACAUCAACUUGCAAGGUUGAUCCGGCUAAAUCUAUUUAAGGCCAGCCCAAUUUUAUUCAAGGUCGCUGAGAUUUAAAUAAGGUUAGGGCACGUGAUU